AGAGCGGUGUACCCGCCUUUGACUGCUCUGUGGCGCCGACGGAUCGCACCCUGAGCUCCGAGCAGCUAGAGCGGUACCGCAAAUGCGUGGCCCGUGCAAAAGAGCAGGCGCGGUCGGGCAAUCUGCAGGCGGCUCUUGACCUGUUGUCGGAGGCCAUGACGCUGCGGCCGAGUGAGCGGCUGGAGCGGCGGAUACAGAAGGUGCAAGAGGCGCUGGAGGCUCAGGACGAUGAGGGUGAAGACGAGGACGAGUGGGUGCCCGUUGAAGGUUGCGAGUUACGCCUCUACCGCCAGCUUUACGAGCGGCUGCACCCGCAUCAGCGGCGCGGCGUAGCCUUCCUGCAUCGCCUGUAUGCCGAACAGCGCGGCGGCGGCAUCCUGGCGGACGAUAUGGGCCUGGGCAAGACGAUACAGUUGCUUGCCUUCCUCUCGGGCAUGUUCGAUGCCCGCCUGUUGCACAGCGUACUUGUGCUGAUGCCCGCCUCCCUGAUAACUAACUGGAUGGACGAGUUCGCCAGCUGGACACCGGGGCUCCGAGUCAAGGCCUUCCAUGGCUCCAAGGCAGAACGGACCCGGAACCUGGAGAAGGUGCAGCGAAAAGGAGGGGUGGUCAUCACCACCUACCAGCUGGUGAUCUAUAACUUGGAGCAGCUCUGUCACCUGGACGGCCAGCCAUUCACCUGGGACUACAUGGUCUUGGACGAGGCACACAAGAUCAAAUCCCAACUCAGCAAGACCACCAAGCACGUCAAUGCCAUCCUGGCCAAGAACAGGGUCCUACUGACUGGCACCCCCCUGCAGAACAACCUGCAGGAGAUGUGGACCCUCUUUGACUUCGCCUGCCAGGGCUCGCUGCUGGGGCCCCUGAAGACCUUUAAGACAAUGUAUGAGAACCCUAUCACCCGGGCGAGAGAAAAGGACGCCAGCCCGGCAGAGAAGGAGCUGGGACUUCGCAUCUCCGAGACACUCAUGAGUCUGAUCGAGCCCUACUUCCUGCGGCGGACAAAGGAAGGCAUUCGGGACUUGGAGGAGCGGUCCCUGGAGGCAGAAACAGGGGGACGGAGGCCAGCGGCCAAGGGCAACAUGCUGUCCCUGAGCCGAAAGAACGACCUGAUUGUGUGGGUCCACCUCAGCCCCAUCCAGGAGGAGAUCUACCGCAAGUUUGUGUCAUCCGAACUGGUCCAGGAGCUGCUGCAGACCAAGCUUUCUCCGUUGGUUCAGCUCAACAACCUGAAGAAGCUGUGCGACCACCCGAGGCUGCUGUCCAGGAGGGUCUGGGGGGAGCUGGGGCUGGACGGGGGUGAUGGUGACAGUUAUGACAUCUGUCGGGUCUCCAACGAGCUGCUGGUCCAAGAGUCGGGCAAGUUGGUCUUCCUGCUGGGUUUACUGGAGAGGCUGCGGGAGGAGGGCCACCGGACCCUGGUCUUCUCCCAGUCACGCAAGAUGCUGGACAUUGUCCAGAGGGUGCUGACCGCCAGGGGCUUCCAGCUGGCCCGCAUAGAUGGCACCAUGGGCUUGCCUGAGCGGCAGAAGGUGGUGGAGAGCUUCCAGCGCUACUCCCACUGCUCUGUCUUCCUACUCACCACCCAGGUGGGUGGAGUGGGCCUCACCCUCACCGCUGCCAACCGGGUGGUGAUCAUUGACCCCAGCUGGAACCCUGCCACUGACGCCCAGGCCGUGGACAGGGCAUACAGAAUUGGGCAGACUGAAGAUGUGCUCAUCUACCGCCUGGUCACCUGUGGCAGCGUGGAGGAAAAGAUCUAUAGGAGGCAGAUCUUCAAGGAUUCGCUGAUUCGCCAGUCGAUGGGGGAGAGUAAGAACCCUUUUCGGUACUUCAGUAGACAGGAGCUGAGGGAACUGUUUGUGCUGGAGGACCCCAGGUACUCAAACACCCAGAGGCAGCUGCAGACUCUGCACGCCGGCCAGCGGGGGACGGACGCUGUGCUGGAGCAGCACAUUACAUUCUUGCACAGCUUGCCUGUCUUUGGCGUGACCUGCCACGACCUGGUGCACUCGCAGGAUGUGGCACCGGACGAGGAGAACCUGGUCAACGACCCAGCCUCGCAGCGGUACAUCCAGGAGCGCGUGCAGCUCGCACAGGACCUGGUGGCAGCGGGAUCGCAGCUGCCGAGGGAGGUGUGCGUGCCUCCCAGCCCUCCAGCUUCUAGGGGUAAAGGUGGAGGAAUAGGAAGACUGGUCCUAGAACCUGAUUCCAGAGAGACACCUUUCAUAGACUUGACACAGCUGCCAAGCGACACAGAGACAAAGGAUACCGAAGAAAGGCUGAUCCCAGAACCUGAUUCCGGAGCAACCCCACCUCCCAAAGAUUUGACACAACUGCCGAGUGACAGAGAGUCGGAGGGUGAGGUGUCUAACCUGGGAUGUGGAGAAGGGCGAAAGGACCCGGAGUUGGAUUUCAGAGAGAUGCCACCCCCCAUAGACCUGGUGCAUCUGCCGACUGAUGGGGAGACUGAGGACCCGGUGUCUGACCUGAGCUGCAGACUGGCCAGACUGCCAGUGGACUCCGGAGAGGAUAACAGCAUCGUGUUCGUGCCCAAUGUCCCAUCACCUUGUGGCACUGGCACUGAGGAACAGGGCGGUUCUGUUUCUGUAUUUUGGGACCCCAGCCUCGGUGAGAGGGGCAAGGUGAUCCCGGACCCCACUGACAGCCAAUGCGAGGCCUUCCCGGAGCUGAACAUCUCGCGAUCGCUGCUUCACUCUGACUUCCAGCUGGUACUGGAGGACACGGUGGAGAAAAGCAGCGGAGCGGCCUGCCAGCCGGAGGCCUGUUCUGUGUUGGAAGCCAGCUGGGCUGCCGAACCAGUGGGAGCACAAAGCCCCUCACUGAACGGCAGGUUGGACAAUCCGAACGAGGAGUCCCCACCCAUUGUCUUCCGCAAGGGGAAGGGCAGGGUCAGAGUGAUUGACAGUGAUGAAGAAGAGCCAGCUGAUGAUUCGCCAGGACUCUGUGUGGUCGGCCAGCCGCUAGAAACAUUUGACCUCCCUGCUUCUUCCACGCCCAAGGGUUUAAACCUGCCCCCACUCACUCUGCAUGAUACCAGUGUCUGCUCUCUCUCCCGGCGGUCACUAGUCCGCUCUGUCCUUGAUGAAAUGGAAGACUCUUCUGAGGAGGAGGAGUGUGAGGACAGUGCUGAGCAGUCAGGAGGUGAACGGGGCCGGGAGCUGGUGGGCAGUGGCAGUGAUCUGGGAGAACAGGAGCCCCAGGCAUCAACUACAGGCAGUGAGGAGGAGGAGAGCGAGACCUUCAACCCUGAGCUCGGUUCCAAUGAGCAGAUGGAACCUUUUGCCCAGGCGGUUGUGGGGCAGCCUUCCCCUGACCUGGGCAGGGAGCGGUCCUGCGGACACGGGAGCCUAACAGAUCUGGAGAGGGUGAUUCAGGAGCUGACGGGGUUGACUGCCAGGAGUCCAGGGGAUGACGGGGGUUCCCUGCCUCUCACACUUGACGAAUGUGACAGCCUGCUGCGUCAGUUUGCUGAGCCCUCUACUGGGGAAGGCACGGGUUCCGUGCGCCCCUCUCUGGAAAGCCUGAUGCUGGAACUGACUCGUCUGUGCACUGAAACUUCCAGGGAAGGAAUGUCAUUGGCAGAACUCCCACUGGGGGAGUGCAGGAGCCUGGAGAAAGGGCCCAUCGACCCAGGUCCUGUUGGUAAAGAAGUGAGGGACAGACCAGAGCCCACAGUGGAAAAAUGGGAGAGUUUGCCAGAGCACACUGAGCUGGGUACAGGGGCUGUCUGCGAGGAUGAUAGACCAGAGCCCCCUGACCCUGGUACAGGGGUUCCCAGUGAGGACAGCAGACUAGAGUCUGCAGAGGGACAAUGGGAGAGCUUGGGGCAAAAUCCCUCUGACCCGGGUACAGGGUCUCCCAGUGUUGGCCACAUAUCAGAUCCCACGCUGGAGGAAUACGAGCAUCUAGUGAGUUGUGGCAAAGAGCAGAUUGAGCGUGGGGAGUUUAAGGCAGCUCUGGACUAUUUCCUGCAGGCUCUAGAUCUGAAGAGCGGUGACCCUGAAGUGCAGUUAACAACCAUCAAGCUCUACCGGCAACUGGACAGGAGCUGAUUGGGGGGUGGGGGUUGUGGUGUGGGGUGGUGUUGCUGUAUGGUUGGAUUCAUACCGUGUCUGAGGGAAGACCAGAGCUGGCACUGUAAACCUUUUCUGUCAUUUUGCUGUGAUGAAAGGCAUCACUAUUGGUCGGAGAACUACCCAGCAAGCUUAUUUAGGAUUUACCUACUCUGCCUCAUCCUCUUGGGAGUGUAUGUCUCUCCUACACUGCUGUCUGCCGGAGUGUGUACUGUCUUGUAAGUGUCUGGUAGGCUGCUGUUGCUGCCAAUGCACUGGGGAGUGACCUGUGGCCAACUGACCAUCUGCUCCCAUUGCUGACCCCAGUGGUCACCACAUGGACAUCUAGCUUUGCCUCUCGUCUUGUACACCAGAUUCACUGGGUCAUUUCAAGCCUCUGCCCCCAACUAGCGGACAAUUUGAAUUUGGUGCCUUUGCUUGAUGCCUUAGUUGGGUAAUUGUGAAUUUUGUAAAUGUUUAUACUUGAGAAUGCUAUUUUGAAAAUGUUAAGUUUGGGAGUAAU